AUGAAAAGCCACCAAGUAUCUGAAAUAUUUUCUUUUACAGAAAUUAUGUGUACCAUUUCAGUCUUAGAAAGUGGAGUUGGUCGCUGUACGCAAGACAGACACUGGGGCUGGACUCACCAUCAGUGGCCCAGAAAAGGUUGUUGUCGGGAUACCAGAUUUCCUACUCCGAGAGGCCCCGGGUCCCUCUGCCACAACUUCUGUCGCUCUGCCGCCUGCACCGUGACCCGCAGUAUUCACGGGAGCCCUAGAGAGGACACCGGGACACCCAGAAGCCGGGAAAUGGAUUCAGUGGCCUUUGAGGAUGUGGCUGUCAGCUUCACCCAGGAGGAGUGGGCUUUGCUGGAUCCUUCCCAGAAGAAUCUCUACAGGGAUGUGAUGCAGGAAACCUUCAAGAACCUGACCUCUGUAGGAAAAACAUGGAAAGUUCAGAACAUUGAAGAUGAGUACAAAAAUCCCAGGAGAAAUCUAAGUCUUAUGAGAGAGAAACUCUGUGAAAGUAAAGAAAGUCAUCACUGUGGAGAAAGCUUCAACCAGAUUGCAGAUGACAUGCUGAACAGGAAAACUCUUCCUGGAAUAACACCAUGUGAAAGCAGUGUGUGUGGAGAAGUUGGCACGGGUCAUUCAUCUCUUAAUAGGCAUAUCAGAGCUGACACUGGACACAAGUCAUCUGAGUAUCAGGAAUAUGGAGAGAAUCCAUAUAGAAAUAAGGAAUGUAAGAAAGCCUUCAGUUAUCUUGACUCCUUUCAAUCACAUGAUAAAGCUUGCACUAAAGAGAAACCCUAUGAUGGUAAAGAAUGUGCAGAAACCUUCAUUUCCCAUUCAUGCUUUCAAAGACACAGGGUAAUGCACAGUGGAGAUGGACCUUAUAAAUGUAAGUUUUGUGGGAAAGCCUUCUAUUUUCUCAAUUUAUGUCUUAUCCAUGAACGAAUUCACACUGGUGUGAAACCAUAUAAGUGUAAACAAUGUGGUAAGGCCUUUACUCGUUCCACUACCCUUCCAGUACAUGAAAGAACUCACACAGGAGCGAAAGCCGAUGAAUGUAAAGAAUGUGGGAAUGCAUUCAGUUUUCCUAGUGAAAUUCGUAGACAUAAAAGGUCUCACACUGGAGAAAAACCCUAUGAGUGUAAGCAAUGUGGGAAAGUCUUCAUUUCUUUCAGUUCCAUUCAGUAUCAUAAGAUGACUCACACUGGAGAGAAACCCUAUGAAUGUAAGCAGUGUGGGAAAGCCUUUAGAUGUGGCUCACACCUUCAAAAGCAUGGAAGGACUCACACUGGAGAGAAACCCUAUGAAUGUAGGCAAUGUGGUAAAGCCUUCAGAUGUACCUCGGACCUUCAAAGGCAUGAAAAGACACACACUGAGGAUAAACCCUAUGGAUGUAAGCAGUGUGGGAAAGGCUUUAGAUGUGCUUCACAACUUCAAAUUCAUGAAAGGACGCACAGUGGAGAGAAACCCCAUGAAUGUAAGGAAUGUGGAAAAGUAUUCAAGUAUUUUUCUUCCUUGCGUAUACAUGAAAGGACGCACACUGGAGAGAAGCCCCAUGAAUGUAAGCAAUGUGGAAAAGCAUUCAGGUAUUUCUCUUCCUUGCAUAUACAUGAAAGGACACACACUGGAGAUAAGCCAUAUGAGUGUAAGGUAUGUGGCAAAGCCUUCACUUGUUCCAGUUCCAUUCGAUAUCAUGAAAGGACUCACACUGGAGAGAAACCCUAUGAAUGUAAGCACUGUGGUAAGGCCUUUAUUUCCAAUUACAUUCGAUAUCAUGAAAGGACUCACACUGGAGAGAAACCCUAUCAAUGCAAGCAAUGUGGCAAAGCCUUUAUUCGUGCCAGUUCAUGUCGAGAACAUGAAAGAACUCAUACCAUUAAUAGAUGAGAAAUCCUAUUAGUGGAAGCAAUGGGAGAAGCUUUCUGUUGUCCCACUUCCUUUGAAACACGAGAAAAGAGAGUGGUGAAAGAACCUCUGGAUAACUGCUUUUUGAAUUGAGAAGAGAGACUUGCGAUAGGACAAUAGAAUCUAGAAGAACUUGGAUGGUUUCGUAAUACAAUUCACCUAUAGCCAAUCUUGCAUGAGAUUUCAAAAGCACAGAAAAGGCAGGCAUCAGUCACAUAUUAGAGGCACCACACAGGGAGAGAGGUGUGUGGCUGCCCGCUUCCAGCCCAUUUUCCUGAUUCUUUGGCUUGUUAAUCGAGAAUAUCCCCCAAAUCACUUGUCUGUGUUCCUCAGAGUUGUAGGUCUCCAGAUAUGUCCCCAGUGCUCCACAUUAAAGAUACAUGCCCACUUUGCUAUUUCUUCAGAAAUGUUAAAAUGUUUACCAGAGAACUAAUAAAUGUUGUUAUGGCUGGAAA